GGGGGCUGGUGGGGCGGCGGGGGGGAAGAUGCCCUAGAAGCCUCCCGGGAUCGGCCGGAGGAGCGAGCUGUUAAGUGGAGCUAGAGAGCAACAUUGCAACCUACUUGGAUUUUUUUUUUUUUGAGGGAGCAAAAUGUAUCAGAAUUUAACGUGUGGCUAUUAGAAGAACUGGCGAGAUCUGGUCCCGUCUGUAAGGUGCAGAUCCAGUCAUCUGUGAAUGCCCCACAGUCCAUUUCUCUGAGAUUCUGAACUCAGCAGCCUGACCACUCUCUGCUUUUGGGAUUUGGAGUCUCCCUCUUCACUGUGCCUCCCCCUCUCCUGCCCCCUUUCAUUCCCCCUUCCAAGAACUCCAGGGGAUUUGUUGGAUGGUCAUGGAGUCCCGGGAGAUCUUAAGUGGCUCCCGGCAAAGGGGGAUAGAGUCGGAUUUUCUGGCCGUCCCCUUAGCCAAGCCCUCGGCCGCUUCCGGCUGCCCAGGAGAACCUCUACAUGCCUCUGCGGGGUCUGGAAAAGGAAUCCCAGGGGGUGGAGAGCGCAUGGAGCCAGAAGAAGAGGAUGAGCUGGGUUCUGGGCGAGACAUCGAUUCCAACUCGAACGCGGACAGUGAGAAGUGGGUUCCUGGAGAUGGCUUGGAGGAGCAGGAGUUUUCUAUCAAGGAGGCCAACUUCACUGAGGGGAGCCUUAAGCUGAAGAUCCAGACAACUAAGAGGGCCAAGAAGCCCCCGAAGAACCUGGAGAACUAUAUUUGCCCCCCAGAGAUCAAAAUCACCAUCAAGCAGUCUGGGGAGCAGAAACUCUCGCGAACUGGGAAAAAUAGCAAAACUGCCAAGGAGGAAGACAGAAGCCACUCCAAAAAGAAGGUUUCUGAGAGGCCUCAGAAACAUUCUACCCUACACUAUGACCUGGGCCUCCAACAGGACUUCACCAGUGACACCUUAAAACCAAAGCACCAGCAAAAAAGCAGCAACCAGCACCACCUAGACUGGUGUGCCACCUCCAGCACUGGAUCCACAUCCCAGAGCUGCUUCAUCAGUUCCGAGUCUAGUCGAGAAACGGGAGCCACCACCAAGAUCCCUGCUCUCGAGCCUAUGGGUCCCUUUGUGAAGUCCCAAGGGAAGAAAGCCAGCGUGGGCAGCGCAUGGAGUCAGUUGUCCAGCGGUAACAAAGAUCUGAUCCUCUGUAAUGCUGCUCCGCCCCCAGGCCCCAUCAGUUCACCUUCCCAGCCUAGCCACUCAGCUGAGGGCAACGGGCUUCCGGCCUUAGUGGACCAAGAUGGAGGGCCGAGGGAGCCUCCUGACCCACCUGCUGGGAAUACAAAGAAGAAGUCCAGCAAGAAAGAGUCACUCAACCAAACUAUACAAAACCCAGACCUGGAAUGGGUCAAGAGUGCCCAGAAAGCAUUUGAGACCAAAACCCAUGACAUCAUAGAAGGGAAGAAGGAAUGCUACUCGGCAGAGAGCGUCCUAAUGGCAUCUCCAGCUAGGCAGAAUGGAAGUUCCGGCAACAACCCCGAAAGUGAUGUGAGUCACGUCCGAAUCACUAUCCCGAUAAAGACUCCGAAUCUAGAUCCACCGAGCCAUAAAAGAAAAAAGAGGCAGUCGGCCAAAGCUGGAGGAGAGAAGACCAUCCAGGAAAAAAUCCUGCCUUCUGGGCUUCCUCUGAGCAGCGAAAUACCUGGCAGGAUCCUUUCCCAUCCAGAGGGAGGCAAAAAAGACGUCCGGGCCCCAAAGCUGGGGAAAAUGAUGGAGAACGACUCUUCCUCUGUCACUCUCGAAAGCGUUGGCAGCAGCGAUAAAUUUCUCCCCAACAGCGCCUCGAGGCUCCGAAAGGCGGGCCCAUCCGUGUCAGCCCUGGCGUCCCUCAAUCUGUCUCCGGCGAGCACUCUGUCCGAAAUCCAGCACCCAAAACUCGCGGCUAAACGGAGAUGGACGUGCAGCAAACCAAAACCGACCAAUCUGCUGCGGGAGUCUGCUCUGAUGACCUCUGAGAAACUGCUGGUCGAGCCUCCCUCUGCUUAUCCCAUCACCCCCUCCAGUCCUCUGUAUACCAACACCGACAGUCUUACUGUGAUAACGCCAGUCAAAAAGAAGAGGGGGCGGCCCAAGAAGCAGCCCCUGCUCACUGUGGAGACGAUUCAUGAGGGGACGUCCACCAGCCCGGUCAGCCCCAUCAGCCGGGAAUUCCCUGGCACCAAGAAGAGGAAGAGACGACGGAAUCUGGCCAAGCUGGCCCAGCUGGUGCCGGGAGAGGAUCAGUCCGUAAGCGAGUUGAAAUUUCACAAGAAAGUCGGCAAGCUCGGCGUGCUGGACAAGAAGACAAUCAAGACCAUCAACAAGAUGAAGACCCUCAAGAGGAAGAACAUCUUGAACCAGAUCUUGUCCUGCUCCAGCAGCAUCGCUCUGAAGUCCAAAGUGCAGCCACAGUCCAGCACGGGGGCCACGGCCAUCGACACCAGGCUGGGGAAGCAGAUCAAUGUCAGCAAGAGAGGAACCAUCUACAUUGGCAAGAAGAGGGGCAGGAAGCCACGGGCGGAGCUGCCGCCCCCACAGGAAGAACCCAAGACAGCCAUCAAGCACCCGAGGCCUGUUUUGAGCCAGCCGGAAAACCCAGCAGUGCCUUCCAGCUUCCAGUCCCUUGUGGCCUCCUCACCAGCAGCUAUUCACCCUCUUUCGACCCCGUUAGUGGGGUCUAAUGGCAACCUUAGCCCCUCCAGCAAUGAAACCCAUUUUUCAGAAUUGAAAACUAUGCCAAAUCUCCAACCCAUCAGUGCGCUUCCCACAAAAACCCAGAAGGGCCUCCAUGGCGGGACGUGGAAACUCUCCCCACCCCGGUUGAUGGCCAACUCGCCCUCACACCUGUGCGAGAUCGGGUCCCUGAAGGAGAUCACUCUCUCUCCUGUGAGCGAGUCACACAGCGAAGAGACCAUCCCCAGUGACAGCGGGAUUGGGACGGACAACAACAGCACCUCCGACCAGGCGGAGAAGGGCUCCGAGUCCCGGCGGAGGUAUUCAUUCGAUUUCUGUUCCCUGGACAAUCCAGAGGCCAUCCCUUCCGACACCAGCACAAAGAACAGGCACGGGCACCGGCAGAAGCAUCUCAUCGUGGAUAACUUUCUUGCUCACGAGAGCGUGAAGAAGCCAAAGCACAAGAGGAAACGGAAGAGCCUGCAGAACCGAGAUGACCUCCAGUUCCUUGCAGACCUGGAGGAGCUCAUCGACAAAUUCCAAGUGUUUCGGAUCUCCCACCGAAGCUACACAUUCUACCACGAGAACCCCUACCCCAGCAUUUUUCGGAUUAAUUUUGAUCAUUACUACCCGGUGCCAUAUAUCCAGUACGACCCGUUGCUCUACCUGCGUAGGACCUCGGACGUGAAGUCGAAGAAGAAGCGUGGUAGGCCUGCCAAAACCAAUGACACCAUGACAAAGGUGCCUUUUUUACAAGGGUUCAGCUACCCUAUUCCCAGUGGGAGUUACUAUGCACCCUAUGGAAUGCCUUACACAUCAAUGCCUAUGAUGAACCUGGGUUACUACGGUCAGUAUCCAGCUCCUCUUUACCUGUCUCACACCCUUGGAGCGGCUUCCCCUUUCAUGAGGCCCACGGCGCCCCCACCCCAGUUCCACGCAAGCUCUCAUGUGAAGAUGUCCAGCACUGCCAAGCAUAAAGCAAAACACAGCAUGCACCUGCAGACCCCGGUAGGGAUGAGCCGGGGAGACCUGCAGCCCGCCCUGACUCCCCCAAAGGUCGGAGGGGCUAGUCUGCCCAGCAGCCGGCUCCACAAAAGGAAACACAAGCACAAGCACAAGCAUAAGGACGAGCGGAUCCUCGGGGCCCAUGAGAACCUCAGUGGCCUCUUUGCUAGCAAGGCCACCGGCUUCUCUGGCCACAUGAUCGGAGAGCGGUUGGGCAGCUCAGACAAGGACCUGUCCCUGAUCAGUGAGAAGAGCAAGCAUAAGGAGACACAGAAGCACCAGCAUUGCGAACCUGGACACAAGAACUCCAAGAGCAACUUUGAGGUCGACACCCUGUCGACCCUGUCGCUCUCCGAUGCCCAGCAGUGGACGCAGUCCAAAGAGAAGGGCGACGCGGGCAAUGAGCCAGCCGACUCCUGCAUGAAGAGGUACUCUGGCAGUGGGGACAGCGUCGGGACGAGGCCAGAGACCCUGGACGUGUUUGGAGAAAUGAACGGUCCAAGUGACAAGUGGGAGACUGAAGUCAGCGGGAGUAAGAGAAGAAGUUUUGAAGGGUUUGGAACUUACAGGGAAAAAGAAAUCCAAGCCUUCAGGAUGAACCGGAAAGAGAGAAAUACCUACGAUCCCUCUGGGUCUUCAGGAAUUACAAGCCCCCACUUGAAAGCAGACCAGAGUUCCCUGCAUAGUAAGAAUGAGGGCCCCAUAUCCACCGUGAUGACCAGAAGGAAACCAGCAGCAGUUGAAAGUGUUGCAACACCACCGACUCCAGUAUUAUCUCUCCUGGCUUCAUCAGCAGCCACGUCUGAAGCAGCCACCCCCCCACUGAAGAAAAGAUUCAAGCGCCGAGAAAUCGAAGCAAUCCAGUGUGAGGUGCGCAAGAUGUGUGACUACACCAAGAUCCUGUCCACUAAGAAGAACCUGGACCACGUGAACAAAAUCCUGAAAGCCAAACGGCUGCAGAGACAAUCAAAGACAGGCAAUAACUUCGUCAAGAAAAGGCGGGGCCGUCCCCGCAAGCAGCCUCUCCCUUUCGAUGAGGACUCCAGAGACCAAAUGCCCAUCCUGGAAAAAUGCAUUGACCUCCCCAGCAAGCGAGGACAGAGACCUGCCCCGAACCCUUUGGUUUUGGAACAGGCAGCUAGCCAGGACACCAUCAUGGCCACCAUCGAGGCGGUCAUCCAUAUGGCCAGGGAGACCCUCCCCCCUCCUCCUCCACCUCCCCCUCCCCCCACCCCUUCCCCUCUGUCCCGGACACCGAGAGGCGGGAAGAGGAAACACAGACAGCAGCAGGAGGAGGAAGUGAAGGCAAAAAGGCACCGGAAAUCUCGAGGCAGUGAAACCGAAGCCCUUCCCUAGGGUCGGGCGGGAUGAACUGAAUGUCGGCACCAAGUGCCAGACGCUAUCCGGACUGACAAAUUGCAGCGUGCAAAAGGGAACG